AUGACGUCAACAACAACUAAUGAUGACGUCGUCAUCGUAUCAGCUGUGCGCACCCCAAUAGGAUCUUUAAAUGGUUCCUUGUCAUCAUUGAAGGCCAGUCAGUUGGGUGAAGUAGUGAUUAGAGAGGCACUGAAACGAGCAGAAGUACCUGGUGCCGAUGUUUCUGAAGUUAUUAUGGGACAGGUUCUAACUGCUGGCCAGGGACAGAACCCGGCCAGGCAGGCCAGCAUGGGGGCUGGGGUGCCUGAAAAGGUGCCUGCAUGGAUCGUCAACCAGUUGUGUGCAUCAGGUUUGAGAGCUGUGGCUCUUGCGUACCAGGCUGUCAAGUUGGGUGAUUCAAAGAUUGUGGUUGCUGGUGGACAGGAAAGCAUGAGUAAGGCUCCUCACAACAUGCACAUGAGGUGUGGAGUGAAGUUUGGAGAUGUCUCCAUGACUGACUCUAUGUUGUCGGAUGGAUUGAUGGAUGCCAUGAACAACAUACAUAUGGGCAUCACUGCUGAAAACGUAGCGAAGCAAUACAACAUAACGAGAUGCGACCAGGAUGGAUUCGCGUUGUCUUCCCAGUUGAAAUGUCAGCAAGCACAGGAAGGUGGUUUUUUCAAUGAGGAGAUCGUUCCUGUCACCGUGGUGCUGAGGCAGGGUUCAACCACGGUGAACAAGGAUGAGUUCCCCAGAUCUGGAUGCACUAUUGAAGGAUUCCAAAAGUUGAAACCUGCCUUCCUGUUUGAUGGCUCUGGUUCAGUUACUGCAGGCAACAGUUCAGGAGUGAAUGAUGGAGCAGCAGCUGUUGUGGUAACGUCACUAACUGAAUGCAAACGUCGCAACUUGAAACCACUUGCACGAAUAUUAAGUUGGCACCAAGUUGCUGUUGACCCCAAGAUCAUGGGCAUUGCCCCAAUUGAGGCUAUACAGGGAGCUGUUAGUAAGGCAGGGUUGAUGUUAGAUGAUGUAGAUCUGUUUGAAAUAAAUGAAGCAUUCGCAUCUCAAUCACUCGCUGUUCUCAGGAGUCUCAACAUUCAUCCCAGCAAGGUAAACGUAUGUGGGGGGGCCAUUGCCCUCGGGCAUCCAAUUGGAGCCUCGGGAGCCAGAAUACUGGUGACGCUGUUGCAUAAUUUGAAGAGGAACAAUUUGAGGAGGGGGGUGGCGGGAUUGUGUGUGGGUGGUGGAAUGGGGGUGGCUAUGGUGGUCGAGAGGAUUGAGUGA